CUUUCUUCACCAGGUACUUCACUUUUCCCCUGAACACCUUAUCGUUCUCAUGACAUGUGCAAGACCCAUUUUCCGCCUCUUCACAACCCAUGCGACGACCUCAAAAACUGACCCAAUCUUCAAAUAUCCAAACUUUGAAGAAUUCAUCCAGGAGUUCCAUGCACACUUCAUCAGAACUCAUCGUCAUACCGACUCAUUAUCGAUGUCAAAUAUUAUCAAGUUCUACGCUUUGUCUUCUGAGACAAUACGCAAAGCCCACUUUGCUUUCCUCCAGAUUGAGCACCCCACCUUACCAAUCUGGAAUUUCAUGAUCCGUGGAUUCGCUCAGAGCGACCUACCCGGUGAAGCGACACCCCUAUUUGAGAAAAUGCGUGACAGAGGUUUACAUGGAAAUAAUCUGACCUUUAUAUUCCUGUUUAAGGCUUGUUCUCGAGUUUCAGAUAUUUUGACUGGUAAAAAGGCCCACGGUCUUGCUCUAAAACUUGGGUUUGGAUCUUACCUUUACGUGUGUAAUUCUCUUAUUCACAUGUACGGUUCUUGUGAUGCAUUGGAUUUUUCUCGGAAAAUUUUUGAUGAAAUGCCUGAAAGAGACUUGGUUUCUUGGAACUCGUUGAUAUGUGGGUAUAGUCAGCGCAACAAGUUUAAGGAGAUUUUGGUUCUUUAUGGUGCUAUGCAAGCAACCAAUCUGGCGGCUGAUUCUAUUACCUUGGUGAAAGUUCUAUUAGCUUGUAGUCGUAUGGGUGAGUUGGACGUGGCAGACUCUGCGGUGAAAUAUAUUGAGAAUAGUGGUAUUGAAAUUGAUGUUUAUUUGGGUAAUGCACUGAUUGAUAUGUAUGGAAGGCGGGGUUUUGUUGACUUGGCUCGGGGAGUUUUUGACAGGAUGAUAGAAAAGGAUGUGGUUACUUGGAAUACCAUGAUUAUGGGAUAUUCAAAAGCGGGGAAUUUUGAUGCAGCAAUGAAAUUAUUUGAUGAGAUGCCCAGGAGGGACGUCAUAUCUUGGACCUCCAUCAUAGUGGGGUACUGUCAUGCAAAACAAUUUUCUGAUGCCAUCAGGAUUUUUCGAAGGAUGAUGGCAGCUAAAGUUAAACCUGAUGAGGUUACUGUUGCUAGUGUUCUUUCUGCUUGUGCACAUUUAGGCAUGCUUGAUGUGGGUAAUGCGGUGCAUAAGUAUGUCUGUGAAUAUGAUGUCAAAGUAGAUAUACACGUGGGGAAUGCCUUGAUCGAUAUGUACUGCAAAUGCGGAUCAACUGAGAAGGCCUUGGAAGUUUUUCAUGAUAUGAAAGAGAAGGACACAGUUUCAUGGAACUCAGUCAUAUCCGGACUUGCAGUGAAUGGAAUUUCUGAUUAUGCUCUUGACCUGUUCUCACAAAUGUUAAUAGAAGGUGUUAAGGUGACCCAUGGAACUUUUGCUGGGGUAUUACUUGCUUGUGCUCAUGGUGGAUUGGUGGAUAAAGGUUUGGACUACUUUGAUAGUAUGGGUAGGGUUCAUGGAUUAGUUCCAGAAGUGAAGCACUAUGGUUGCAUAGUUGACCUCUUUUGUCGCUCUGGUAAUCUAGAGAGAGCAUAUGAAUUUAUACAGUGCACGCCUGUAGCUUCAGAAGUUGUUGUGUGGAGGAUAUUACUCGGUGGUUGUAAACUUCAUGGAAAUGUGUCCCUGGCCGAGAUAGCCUCCAGCAAGCUUAUUGAAUUGGAUCCUCAUAAUGGUGCAAACUAUGUACUAUCAUCUAGUGCUUAUGCCAGUGCAGAGAGAUGGAAUGAUGCUACAAAAAUGCGGGAAUUGAUCGAUGAAGAUGAUUUGCAGAAGCCUCUAGGUUGGAGUACCAUAGAAGUGGAUGGUCUAGGACCUGUUGAUUCACAAGGAAAAGGUCCUUCAGAGUCUCAAAAUAAUCCUAGUCCAAUUAAACUAUCUGAAAGAAAAGAUUUUAUCACUUCCCUUCCUGCAACAUAUGAAAAUGGAUAGUUACUUGAAGAUUGAAUAGAUUUGACAGAGGCUUAUGCAAGGGUAUUGAUACCCAGUCUCCGUGCAUUUAUCUGCAAAGCAGAUAGGCCAUGCGGUGCAUUGCUUCUUGUUCUGGCAGUUGACUGGGCAAGAACUUGGCCAUAGCAUUCAUGAACAUCAGCGGAAGCAUGAACCAUGGAACUUUGAGGAACCAUCUGUGCAUUCAUAUUUUUCAUGUAAAUGUUAUAUAAUUGUUGUAAUUGUUUUCUUUCUCUGGGAACAGAAAAUGCUGCUUCGUGCUAACAGAUUUGCAAAGGGAUUGGCAAGCAUUCUGUAUGUAUUUUACACUACUCCCUACUAUCCUUGGGCAUUCCCUGUAGUCUUAUCCGUGUACCUU